GGUUAGUCCUGGGGCAGCGUUCCCUGUUGCUGGGAGUUCUAGAGGCCAGGACCUGGACAUCUCCUAGGUAUGGUCCUGAAUAGAGCACCCAUUCUGGGCCCUGGCCUAGAGCUGGGCGGGCUGGCGGGCUCUCUCUGUCUCUCUCUCCCCCUCUCCCUCUCUCUCCUUGGUUCCCUAAGUCUCCACCCUCUCUCUUUCUGGCUUCUCUUCCGUAUUGCAAGCUGGGCUUUCUCCAGAGUAACAGGGUUGGGCUUGAGCAGCAGCUCUCUCAAAGCUGGCCAAGUGGAGAGCAGAGUGGCCUUGUGAGCAUGCGACUGUGCCUGAGAUCUGCAGAAUGUGCAGCAGCUGGGACUGUUCCCUGGAGCCGAUUCUUGGAACUUUGUCGACUCAGCAGAGUCUGAUUCCCAGGGUCUCUUGGGCCCCUCUCUCUGCUCUCUGAGUAGGUGCAUAAAAUGUUUCUCCAAAGGAAGCCAAACAGGCCUGCAGUUCAACUUGAGGCUCCUAAUCGUGAGCUCAUGACUUACUGGCUACAGGAGCUUCAGCAGAAGAGAUGGGAAUAUUGCAACAGCCUGGACAUGGUGAAAUGGGACAGCAGGACUUCCCCAACUCCAGGAGAUUUUCCUAAGGGCCUCGUAGCCAGAGACAGCACAGAUAUAAUUUCCCAGCACCCAAAUCCUUCUGCAGAAAAAGCCAGAACUGUGCUCGCUGUGGAAGCUGCCCCUGGAGAGCUGGUGGGAGACCGAGCUGCUCGCCAGCCAGCCCCAGGGCAUCCGAAUUCCAUUAACUUUUACUCUCUGAAGCAGUGGGGUAAUGAGCUCAAAAAUUCAAUGUCAUCUUUCCGUCCUGGGAGAGGACACAGUGAGAGUCGCCGGACUGUGUUUUACACCAAUGAAGAGUGGGAACUUUUAGACCCUCCUCCUAAGGACCUAGAGGAGUCGCUGAUACAGGAGGACAGGAAGAAGCAGAUGCCUGAGGGAAACAAAGGCGUCACUAGUUCGGGAUUCCCCUUCGAGUUUGGACGGAACCCUUACAAAGGAAAGCGCCCCUUGAAAGACAUAAUUGGGUCAUACAAAAAUCGCCAGAGUAGUGGUGAUCCCUCGAUCGAGGGAACAUCAUCGGGUGGCGGAAGCCUCACGAAACCAGUCUCCGAGAUGCAGCUGCAGAUUGAAAGCCAACAGGAAGAGCUGGAGCAGCUCAAGAAGGACCUGUCCAGUCAGAAGGAGCUCAUUCGGCUGCUCCAGCAGACAGUCCGGUCAUCCCAAUAUGACAAGUAUUUCACAAGCCACCAAAUCAGCCAGGGGGUCCCCAGGGACACACUGGAGCUUCUCCACCAAAAAGAUGAGCAGAUCCUGGGCCUCAGCGGCCAACUGGAGAGGUUCGGCCUGGAGAAGGAGAGUCUCCAGCAGGAAGUGAGGACGCUGAAGAGCAAGGUGGGCGAGCUGAACGAGCGGCUGGGGAUGCUGAUGGAGACCAUCCAGGCCAAGGACGAGGUCAUCAUCAAGCUCAGCGAGUGUGAGGGCAGCGUGUCUUCGCCCACCAUGGGGCCCACCUCUCCUUUGGCCAGCCCAGCCAGCAGAGACCAGCUGGAGCUGGACAGGCUAAAAGAUAGUCUGCAAGGGUACAAAUCCCAAAAUAAAUUUCUAAAUAAGGAAAUUUUGGAACUCUCCGCUCUCCGAAGAAAUGCAGAAAGGAGAGAGAGGGAUCUGAUGGCAAAGUAUUCUAGCCUAGAAGCCAAGCUCUGCCAGGUGGAAAGUAAGUACUUGAUACUGCUUCAAGAAAUGAAGACACCGGUUUGCUCAGAAGAGCAGGGGCCUACCAGGGAUGUCAUAGCCCAGUUGCUGGAGGAUGCUCUGCAGGUUGAGAGCCAAGAACAGCCAGAGCAAGCAUUCAUUAAGCCUCAUCUGGUCAGUGAGUUUGACAUCUACGGGUUUAGGACUGUCCCUGACGAUGAUGAGGAAGAGAAGUUGGUCGCCAAGGUCCGAGCAUUGGACCUGAAGACUCUGUACCUCACAGAAAACCAGGAAGUUUCCACUGGGGUCAAGUGGGAAAACUACUUUGCAAGCACAAUGAACAGGGAGAUGGUAUGCUCUCCGGAGCUGAAAAACCUGAUCCGAGCAGGCAUUCCCCAUGAGCACCGCUCCAAGGUGUGGAAGUGGUGUGUCGACCGUCAUACCAGGAAGUUCAAGGACAGCAUGGAGCCCGGCUACUUCCAGACCUUGCUCCAGAAGGCACUAGAGAAACAGAACCCUGCCUCCAAGCAGAUUGAGCUGGACCUGCUGCGGACUCUGCCCAACAACAAACAUUACUCCAGCCCCACGUCGGAGGGCAUCCAGAAGCUGCGCAGUGUCCUGCUUGCCUUCUCGUGGCGAAAUCCGGAUAUUGGCUACUGCCAAGGCCUCAACAGGUUGGUGGCGGUGGCCCUCCUUUACCUGGAACAAGAAGAUGCUUUCUGGUGUCUCGUUACCAUCGUGGAAGUCUUCAUGCCUCGAGACUAUUACACAAAGACUCUGUUGGGAUCCCAGGUGGACCAGCGGGUGUUCAGAGACCUCAUGAGUGAAAAGCUGCCUCGAUUGCACACCCACUUUGAACAGUACAAAGUGGACUACACCCUCAUCACCUUCAACUGGUUUCUGGUGGUGUUCGUGGACAGUGUCGUCAGCGACGUCCUUUUUAAAAUAUGGGACUCUUUCCUUUAUGAGGGACCAAAGGUUAUUUUCCGUUUUGCCCUGGCACUUUUCAAAUACAAGGAAGAGGAGAUCCUGAAAUUGCAAGAUUCCAUGUCCAUAUUCAAGUAUCUCCGUUACUUCACUCGGACUAUCCUUGAUGCCAGGAAGCUGAUCAGCAUCUCCUUUGGGGAUCUGAACCCCUUCCCCCUGCGUCAGAUUCGGAACCGGCGAACCUACCACUUGGAGAAGGUCCGGCUGGAGCUGACAGAGCUGGAGGCCAUCCGAGAGGAUUUCCUGCGUGAGCGGGACACUAGCCCUGACAAAGGCGAGCUGGUCAGCGAUGAGGAGGAAGACACUUGAAUGAAACCCCCACCCUAGGAUGCUGCUCUUCUUGCCUUCAUAACCAAAAGUAGCAAAGGGGUUAACUCCAGGCAUGUUUCUGCUCAUUCAGCUGCCAAAAUGUAACAUCUGUGGCCUCUGGCUAUCUGCUGAGCAGAUGUCCAGAACUAAGCUGCACUUUCUCACCUCCCAUUUGGGGGCAGAGGUCCGAUGGCUUUACAGCCAUUUCCAUGUCAUGGCAUUCAGUCACAUGCAUCACAGUCACGCUUGCUGCCCGAUUGGUGACUCCCCAGUUGACUGUUUCCAAGGGCCUGUUUACAGCAUCUGCCAAUCACGAGUGUCUCACCCUACAAAAACUACUGUGCUCCACGUCUCCCCAGGCUCUUUUCAUUCAAGGACAGCACUAUGGAGGAAUGCAUACAGGGCCUCAGUGAGGCUGCUUCCAGGGGCCAAAGGUCAUCAUAAGAAGAGGGACCAGGCAGUUGGUGGUGAACGCCCUCAGCACUUGGGAGGCAGAGGCAGACGGAUCUCUGUGAGUUUGAGGCCAGCCUGGUCUACAGAGAGUUCCAGGAC